CGCGCCGCCCUGGCCGCCGCUGCCUUCUCAUUCCGGGCGUUUGACCCAGCACAAGCCUGUUCCCGCCGGAAGCCCGAAGGCCAGUGUGCUGCGGAGCCGUCCCCACCGCGCCCCGCACCCGGCCCGCAGGACCAUGUGGUACGUCAGCACCCGGGGGAUGGCCCCCCGCGUCGACUUUGAGGGGGCCCUCUUCUCUGGCUAUGCACCUGACGGCGGCCUCUUCAUGCCGGAGGAGCUCCCACACCUGGACAGGGAGACCCUGCGUGCGUGGAGCACGCUCUCCUACCCCGGCUUGGUGAAGGAGCUGUGUGCCCUCUUCAUCGGUCCCGAACUCAUCCCAAGGGAUGACUUACACGAUCUGAUCGACCGGGCCUUCCGCAGAUUCCGUCUCAGAGAGGUGGUCCGUCUGGCCAGGCUGAGGGACGGGCUGAAUGUGUUGGAGCUGUGGCAUGGCGUCACCUAUGCGUUUAAGGACCUGUCCCUGUGCUGCACGGCGCAGUUCCUACAGUACUUCCUGGAGAAGCGGGACAAGCACGUCACCGUGAUUGUGGGAACUUCCGGGGACACAGGGAGUGCUGCCAUUGAGAGUGUCCAAGGGGCAAAGAAUGUGGACAUCAUUGUCCUGUUGCCCAAGGGUCACUGCUCCAAGAUUCAGGAGCUGCAGAUGACGACGGUGCUCAAAGAGAACGUGCAUGUGUUUGGAGUGGAGGGGACCAGUGACGAGCUCGACGAGCCCAUCAAGGCCGUGUUCGCCGACGCCGCUUUCGCGAGGCAGCACAACCUGCUGAGCCUGAAUUCCAUCAACUGGGCGCGGGUCCUCGUGCAGAUGGCCCACCACUUCUACGCGUACUUCCAGUGUGCGGCCUCCCUGGACACGCACCCUCUGCCCCCUGUGGAGGUGGUCGUGCCCACAGGAGCUGCUGGUAAUGUCACAGCGGGGUGCAUCGCUCAGAAGAUGGGCCUGCCGAUCCGCCUGGUGGUGGCAGUGAACCGCAAUGACAUCAUCCACAGGGCUGUCCAGCAGGGGGACUUCUCUCUGUCUGCCGCUGUCACACCAACCUUGGCAUCGGCUAUGGACAUCCAGGUUCCCUACAACAUGGAGAGGAUUUUCUGGCUGCUCUCUGGCUCUGACAGCCAGGUGACAAGGGCCCUCAUGGAGCAGUUUGAAAAGACGCAAGGGCUAAAACUACCCAAGGAACUACACAGCAAGCUUUCAGAAGCUGUGACAUCGGAGUCAGUAUCGGAUGCGGCCAUCACCCAGACCAUGCGCCGCUGCUGGGACGAGAACCGGUACUUGCUGUGCCCUCACUCGGCCGUAGCCGUGAGCUGCCAUUACCGACAGACAGCAGGGCAGCAGCCCAGCAGCGUCCCCCGGUGCUGUCUGGCACCUGCUUCUGCGGCCAAGUUCCCAGAAGCUGUCCUGGCUGCGGGGCUGAGCCCCGAGACUCCCGCCGAGAUCCUGGCCCUGGAGCACAAGGAGACACGCUGCACCAUGAUGCGGAGAGAAGACGACUGGACGCUGAUGCUUCGGGCCACCGUGGAGGACAUCAGCCGGCGGUGGGGGAGCCACCCCCUGCCAACCUCCCAGUAGCCGGCUUGGGGUUGGCCUCCUCGACAUGGACAUGACCUUCUCCAUUGACAGCCAGGGGUCUCGGCUCAGCUGGUUUUGCUCUGUUCCCUGGCUGCCCCGUGCGCUGUGGCCGCGCUGUGCCUGGGCACGGGGGAGGUGGUGACCACUGCUGGCCAGGCCUGCAAAGGAAUAUCUUGGAGUGCAGAGUCAGCCUGGUCUCCAGGGGCUUCGGACCCCAGACCUGUGAAGCUGGGGGCUGCUCACUACCUCAGUGCAGCCUUGGGGCCUGACAGUCUCUGUACCUGAGUGUAUCUGACCCCAAAGCUGGAUCCGGGAGGCCUGGCACACCCUGUCCCUGCAAUAGAAGCACCUGUUGGGUGUGAUGGAGAUGAA